AGUCACUGAAAACGCUGCAGCCGGUAAUUUCAGUGCACGGUUAUAUGUGCAUUACACGAAACUAAAUCGGGCACUCUGUCUGCAGGUUAACAAUGUUGCGCAGUCGAUCAUCAAGGAUGAUUUUAAAAUUGAAGAUGUUGGUUGUCCUGUUGUGCGUCGCUGGCAUCGGCAUGUAUUACCCCUUUACUGUUCCCGACCAAAGGCUGUGCGCUUGUGCAAAAUGUUUAUCAGAAGAUAAGGAGUUGCUUCUUCUGAGAAUGAACCAUAGUUAUCGGCCAUUUUUGACUCCAGACUUUGUCCUCUCACAAGAUGCAUUCAACUGGUGGAAGCGCUUGCAGAAUGAAAAACGGACCUACAAAACCUAUAAAAUAAUAACGAACAACAUCUUUAAAAUGUUCCCACGGAAUCCAGACAUUAUACAACCCAAAUCUGACCGCUGCAUAACUUGUGCUGUGGUGGGGAAUUCUGCUAAUUUAAGAGGAUCCCAUUACGGCCCUCUGAUAGAUUCACAUGAAAUUGUCAUAAGAAUAAACAGAGGUGUCACCAGAGGCUUUGAAAAAGAUGUUGGGAAUAAAACAACUCAUCGUGUCAUGUAUCCAGAGAGUGCUAUGGAUUUAGACAACAACACUCAUUUAGUGCUGGUUCCCUUCAAGAUGCAGGAUAUCGAGUGGCUCAUAAAGGCCUUUACCACAGGUUUUAAGGGAAGGUCAUAUGCUCCAAUAAAAUCAAAGAUCAACGCUAAGAAGAAUUUGAUCAUGGUGCUAAAUCCAGGUUUCAUGAAGUAUGUUCAUGAGGUUUGGCUGCAACAUAAUGGAAGCUAUCCAUCCACUGGCUUUAUGACUUUGAUUCUUUCACUGCACAUUUGUGAUGAGGUUGACGUGUUUGGUUAUGGAGCUGACAGUGAUGGAAACUGGAGUCACUACUGGGAAAUACUUGAAGACAAAACGUUAAGAACUGGAGUACAUCCUGGAAAUUAUGAAUAUGCAAUCAUCCAGCAGUUAGCUCAACAUCAGAAAAUUCAGUUUCAUACCGGCCUAAUAAAACCAAAGAGACCAAAUGCAGCACGCUGGCGUGGUGGUUAGCACUGUUGCAAACCCAGAACCUUCUUGCCUCACAGCAAGAAGGUUCUGGGUUUGAAUCCAACAUCUGGACAGGGCCUUUCUGUGUGGAGUUUGCAUGUUCUCUGGGUACUCCGGUUUCUUCCCACAGUCCAAAGACCUGCAGUUAGUGGGGUUAUGUUAACUGGUGAUUCUUAGUUGCGCAUUGAUGUGAACAGUUGUCUGUCUCUCUGUGUUAGCCCUGUGACAGGCUGGCAACAUUUCGGGGUGUACCCUGCCUCUCACCCUAUGACAGGUGGGACAGGCUCCAGCCCCCCCUGACCCUGGAUGGAUGGAUAUGUGUUUGAAUGCAAAAAUAUCUCAGGAGGGACAGUACUGACCUGAGGCCAAAUGUAUGAAUAUACAACUAUAGUUUCUUUCCUACAGAGAUAACUCAAGCUGAUAUUGGGAUUUGUUAUGAAGCAUGACUAUUAAUCCCUGGAGAACAAAUCAUUGGACAUGUGCAGUUUUGACAUUUCUUUCCUAAUCCAUGACCUAAUUUAACUUUUGUAUAUUAUGCAAAUGCACUCAAAGGACAGAAGUCAGUGUUUUGUAUUUUGCUUUUGUUUAUUUCAUUGGGUUUUGUGACGUUUAAAGAAGAAAUGAAAUAUGAUAGCCUUUGAAAAGUGCUUAUGAGUUAUUUGAACAUAGAACAUUUAAUGACAUUUAGAAAUCAGAUAUUUGUAACUAUGCUAACAAAUGACAGAAACGGCACUUUAUUUGAAGCUUUGAAAGAAAUGCUUUCCUAAGUAUGAUUAUGCUAAACAGCUGAUCAGCACAACCACAGGAAGACAAGUCAUUGAAAGCAGAUCUAUGUAUCUUAUAAAUAUGGAUUGAUAACCAUGUAUAUGUGUUUAGUAUGUAAGGAACAUUUUACAUUUAUGGCUAAAUCACUUAUUACAGACAUUAUGUUUAAUUCAUGCAGUGUUAUCUUCAGCAUUUUUUAAUGCAGCCAGCAAAUAUUUAGAUAUUUAAAAUUUUUUAAGUACUGGUUAAUCUCCUUAAAAUUGUAUUACACAAGUGCAGAACCAUUUUGUUUUCAAUGUUCUUUUUUUACUCAUAGUUCUUUCUUAUUCUUCUGAAUAUCUCAAUAGCUAUGAAUUAUUGUUGCAUGCAAAACUAGCAAUUCUAACAAAAUGCUAACAAAAUAAAUGAGAAAAGCACAGAUAAACUGCUGUGGUAAUUUGAAAAUAGUACUGAGUUCAGGUAUGGACAUAAUUUAUAGUGGGGGAUGGUCGGGAUGUGACUGAUUUCCUGAUAUUGUCCCCAUCACUACUGUCGCACCUGCUACUUCCUCCUGGAGAGGAUCAUGCACAGCAAAUUAUUAUUAUUUUUUUUAUUAGCUUAAUGUAGAACCCCCAGAUUUGAGAAUGAUGUACCUUGAUACCUUGAGACGACUGUUUGUAAUUU